CCUUAGGAGCAGAGCUCUAACAACUGAAGAAAUCAUAAACGCCGCUUCAGUACUCUUCGUAGCCGGGUUUGAAACCACAGCAACAGGCCUAAGCUACAUAUUCUUCGCCCUUGCAAAGCAUCCGGACGUACAAGAAAAGCUUCGGCAAGAAGUCAUCGAUGCGGUCGGCAGAAAUGGUCCCUUAGAUUAUGACACAGUUAUGAAGAAGCUGAAGUACUUGGAAAAAGUAGUGGACGAAGGGCUGCGCCUUUAUCCACCUGGACUAACGUUUGUGACGCGGCAAGCCAAAGAUGACUUUGAGUACAAUGGCAUGAAGUUCAAGGCUGGCACAAACUUUAUGGCACCGCUAUACCAGAUACUAACGGACCCGCGAUAUUUCCCUAACCCUAUGGAAUUUAAUCCCGAUAGGUAUUCAUCGGGAAGUGAAGCCGCAUUUACGAAAGCGGCGCACAUCCCCUUCGGCGUUGGGCCUCGCAACUGCGUUGGAAUGAGGCUGGCUUUGCUGAAAAUAAGGUACACUGUGGCCAGGAUGAUCCAGAAGUACAGGUUGGAACUCGGUCCCUCUCAAAAGGGAACCAUGGAAAUGAGCCAAUACGCGAUGGUGUCGACGCCUGCAAGGGGCCCCUGGAUUGUUCUGCACAGUUUGGCGAACGAACGCGGAGGCAGCUGAUGCGCAUCACUCGCACUGUAAAUAGUCACAAGCGAUCAUUACACCA